CCGAAAGCUGCCAAAGCUCAUAAUGAAAUGAAUGAGCGGCCGUAUCGGCGUUAUUCAUCAGUCAGUGUGUCAAUGUUGCACUGACGGUGCGGUGUGUAGAGUCAGCACAGCAGUGCCAGUGCAGGUGUGUGUGUGAGAGAGAGAGAGAGAGAGAGCUUCGGAAUGAGCGUCUCCACUGGAACUGCUGUCUUUGUGCGUUUUUAUCUAUUUAUUUUUUUCUCCCCUUCUUUUUUCCCCCCUCCCCUUUGGACGAGGAUCAGACUGUCCGACCCCUGGACCAAAAAAAAAAAAAAAAAAAAAAAAAAAAAAGAAAAAAGUAGAGUUGGCCAAAUGAAAACAAACGCUCUUCUUGCAGUCUAGCGGCCAUUUUCUCCGCGUUGAAAAGCGUUUUCAUCCUUGUACCCUCAAUAACACAGGCCAAGAGUAUCACCGGAGCUCUCAAAGUGGAACGGACAAAGCUGCAGCUGUGCUCUCAGACUGCCACGUUGUGCCUCACUGCUUAGACAGCCCGCUUCAGAGGGAACCACGGAGGGGUCAGAGGUCACAGCCACAUUCUGCAGCUCCCCUGUCACAGGGUGAGGCGACACUCACCUAUGACUGUUUGUAGAGGAGCAGGAGAGCAUAAAUGGACAGCAGGCAGACUGCGACUGUGGGACCACAGGACCGGGACGCUGCUCCGCUUGCAGACAACAGAGAUGUCAUGACAGACUGUGCUAUGGAUCCCUGUGGAGAUGAAGGUCGCACCUUCUUGGAGGCGAUCAGUGAGAAAUACAGCCCAGAUAACUUCCCGUAUCGUCGGGGGCCUGGCCCAGGGGUUUUGGUAGUAGUACCAUCCGGCCCACAGGGCUCACCCAUGAAAGAUCGCCUGAACUUACCCAGUGUUCUGGUGCUGAAUGGGUGCGGGAUAAGCCGGGCUGGUGAUGAGGGUGAGAUUUCGGCUUUCUGCGCACAUGUGGUGGAGCUAGACCUUUCCCACAAUAAAUUGCAGGACUGGCAAGAGAUCAGCAAGAUUGUGUCCAACAUCCCAAACCUGGAAUUCCUGAACUUGAGCUCCAAUCCGCUGAGCGAGUCACCGCUGGACACCAGCUGCGCCGAGGCCUUUGUCAGAGUGCGGCGGCUGGUCCUCAAUAACACCCGUGUUUCUUGGGAGACUGUGCAUACCUUCACAAGGGAGAUCCCCGAGCUGGAGGAGCUCUUCCUGUGCCUUAAUGAGUAUGAGGAGGUGACACCCUCAGUAUCACCUUGCCCGUCACUGCGUCUGCUGCACAUCACUGACAACAACCUGCAGGACUGGUGUGAGGUCCGCAAGUUUGGCCCCAUGUUCCCUGGCCUGGAUACGCUGGUCAUGGCCAACAACAAUCUUUCCUCCAUUGAGGACUCCGGGGAAGCCCUGCGCCGGCUCUUCCCCAACCUGCGAAGCAUCAAUCUGCACAACUCAGGACUGAACAGCUGGGAGGACAUCGAGAAGCUGAAUUUCUUCCCCAAGCUGGAGGAGGUGAGACUGCUGGGAAUUCCGCUGCUACAGUCUUACACCAACAAAGAGCGGCGCAGCCUCAUUGUUGCACAGCACACAAACACAUGUCCCCCUUGCAGGCUGCCGUCCGUGUCGGUUCUCAACGGGAGCAAGGUGACCGAUGGGGAGAGAGAGGACGCAGAGAGGUUCUUCAUCCGUUAUCACCUGGACUAUCCUGAGGAAGAGCUGCCUUACAGGUAUCACUGCCUGGUUACAAAGUACGGCAAGCUGGAGCCACUGGCAGACAUUGACCUGCGGCCACGCUGCCACGCCAAGGUGGAUGUGCGCUUCGAGGACAAGGUGGAGCUAACAAGAAUCCGGCUAGACCAGACAGUAGCUGAGCUGAAAAAGCAGCUGAGGACAGUGGUACAGCUGCCCACCACCAACAUGCGCCUCUACUACAUCGACAAGGAGCUGGGCUGUGCUUUUGGGCCCGAGGAGAUGAAGUACAGCUCCCGCGUCCUGCACUCUUAUAACAUUCGUGAUGGGGAUGAGAUCCUUGUGGUACCCAAGUCCAAGUGACCACAGAGAGAUUAUGUCUCUGCCCCAGCAUCCCCAGCUCUCCUCCCGUCUCCAGACUGGAUAGCCUCCUCCUUCCUAAGCCUACCCCACAGUCAUCCGGUCCGUUCGCUCUCCAUGCGCCACAGGGACCAUCCUGUCAGGAAUAACAGCUGACUCUCUUGACUUGCUUUGCGCCAACAAAGUGUUCUCACUAGGGCAACAUGCCUCAUCUUGGAAGCCCCAGUGUCUGGGAGGCAGAGUGUCCACCAACACAACACACACUUCUACACACAACACAAGUCUUUCUUACUGAUCCCUGCAAGAUUUUGUUUGGUGAUUUUGGGCGGUUUGGUUUCCUAAUUUCUUUAUUCUUAUUGACAGUGGCAUUACCUCCUCAUCUUCAAAGAGCCAGUCCAUCCUCUUCCUGUGCAGGAAGCCAGGGCCGGUAUGCAUAUGCAGACAAUCUUCUGUGUUGGGCCAGCUAUGCUGGACUGUGUGCUGGUGGAGCAUGGCAAGAUUGCAUAAUGCCAGGUGAUUCCAUCUCAGGUGUGGCUGGGGAUUAGGGUGGCAUCAACUGAUAGAGAGGACCAAGAGAUACACUUCCUGCGUGUCUGACAUUUGGAUCAGAACACCACCUGUCAAACUUUUUAAAAAAUUUUGUUUGAGCCCUUCACCUUUUUUGCACGUGCUAAUUCCCACGAAACAGAUGUUUGCAGGCUUCCGACCACGUGUUGGGUUCCAAACAAUUCUAGAUAGGACUGAAAUUAAAGUGGUUGCUAAGGUAAUAGUGUCCGAUCUUAGAAAUAAGGUGCUUUAAAGUCCAAUAAUGUUUAAAAGUAAAUAGACAUGUUGUUGCAAUGAUUACACUGAAGCAUUAUUUUAAGAAAGGGAACUCUUUAUAGAGAAUGCCCAUUUAAUAUAAAAUCAUGUAUUGUUCAAAUUCAUAAUCAUAACGUAACUUGAGUUAAAAAGAAAUUGAACAAAUACAAAAUUUGAUAUUGGAACUGCUCAGGGUUGAUUCCAACAUGCUGUGCAUGGUUGUGAUAUAUUGUCGCUCAACAAAGACAUUGUUUUCCUUUGAGCUUGGUUAAUUUGGGAUUGAUUGGCACUUGGUGUGAAGUGUUUUGUAUAAAAUGUGGACUGUUGGAUGGGAAAAUGGCCAUAUAUAUUUUCUUUACCAGCAAAACUGAGAAGAGAAUAUAUUGGUCUAAACUCUUUGGUUCUGGUAAUGCACAACAUUAAUUUUUUUGGGUGUUCCAUGGUAGAGUAGUGGUGUGUUUGGUGCCGCUCACACAGCUCUCCUCCAGAAGUAUAUUAAGUCCAGAUAUAUAAUGUAAAUAAGUGAGAUCACUGUAUAAUUAUAUCCCAGGAAUUGACUCUUAUAAUAUAAUGCUUGAAAAGUCUUGCAUAUAUUUGGGAUACGAUCGAUGGUGUCCAUUAAUGGCUUGAAUAUAGUUACCAAUUUCAGGUGCCUCAUUUCAACCCUCAGAAAACAAAUAGUGAAGCUCUUGGAACUUCUGAGCUGAGUUGUUUAGACUGAGAUUUAGACUGAGAUUUGUUAUAGGCAGCUUUUCCCCCAAAACAUUCACCAUUCUUCUCUUUUAUUGUAUGGGUAUGAAAGAAUGCAAUCAUUCCUUGUUUUAAUGUGGUUUAAACAGAAAUAAUCUGUCUCGUAGAGGUGUUGUUCUAGUGGGAAAUGGAGAGCCCCAACAUACUGCAUUUUUAUGCUCCCAUGGGGUACGGUUGCUGAAAUGCAGAUAUGCUGGUGUUAAGGGACAUGGAGUUUUCAAGUAUAAAAGACAUUUCCCUGGACAUGAUUGCCAUCUCCUCGACCCGCAAAUGGGCCCCCUCUUACCUUCCAGAUGGUGAGGCCAGAGAGCACAUGAUACAGGGCGUCAUCAGCACUGGGGCAGUGGAGGUGAGCUUGAUGUUCUUGGUGUUUGGGGAGAACCACUCAGUGGGGGCACAGACAACCCUAACUGGGUGUAACACACACCGGCCCCACUGUCAAAAGGACUUCCUCAGCACUUGGGUUACAGUGGGUUCACCCAGCGGACUGUGUCCUCCGCCCACCCCCAACCUUCCAGUCAUACACCGCAGUAGACAUCCAACACCUUGAUCUAUAUAGACGUUUUCUGUCAGAGAGGUGACCCGGUCCAGCACUCGUUUUGUUUCAGCCUGAGAGAUCUUUCCAUUCAGCACCAUGUGUGCUCUGGGGUUAGUUCUCAGAGCUUGGCUGGUGAGAUAACGGUUGCCAUGCCAACUCAACCGUUUCCCUGGUAAUGGUAUUCUUGUUACCAGUUUGGGGCUACUCUUUUUGGUCAUUUAAUGUUGAUUAUGCUACAGCUGCAUCACAUUCCACCACAGGUCCUUUAAGAUGGUGUUCUCUUGACUGAAAAAGACAAUGUCAAGAUCCAGUGUAAUGGUGAUGAAGCGUGUUCAAAAGAGAACGAAAUCUUGGAACACCUGAAAGUUCUAGCUUGAAGUAUUCUUUAUUGGAAUCAGUGCCUCUGGGGGAAAGCAGUCUUUUUGCAGCCAUUUUUAAAGAAAAUAAGCUGUUUGCGACAAUGUCCUGCUUCAGUUUUAUGGGAGAGAUAAGUGUCCCGGAAAGAAUAUUGCCACUGCAUAAAAUAUCAAGAGAAUUAAUCAUUUAUUAAUAGUGUACAUUUCAUGCUAUGUUUAGAUUUUAUAUAGAUUGAAAAUACUAUACUAUACUUAUAGAGCGAGACUAUUCUUGUCACUUAGAAUCUGAUUCUGUGUUUACGUGGCACACAGUACAGUGGUAGAUUUCAAAGCACCUUCUUGCCUGAGGAACAAUGUCUUUUGGAAUGGUCCUACUGACACUGUCAAUGUGUAGCAUUACUAAGGAAGGCCAUGUGACAACGGGACCUGUACUGUUGUGUCAGUGUAUUCAUUCCUAGUAUUCUGCAAGUGUGGCCAUUUAGGAUAAGUUAUUCAUUUUCAAAAAUGGUGGUCCAUCUGUAUUAUGUGUUACCAUUACCUGUCACUCAUGAUCACAAAUCAAACUCCUCUGAUGCUUUUUAAGAGUGGCGUUUCCAUUCUUUGUUCUGGACUAGUGGGACAAACUCUGGAUGGAACCCAUUACUGCCUCAACCCUUCUCUGUGAUCGGGCAUUAACCCUGAAUGCUACAUGGGGCCAUGUGUAUUGUGCUGAUCCAGACAGCGUUUCAGAGGGCUGGAAGUCUAGGAUGGCAAGGGCGGCGGAAGGGGAGGGUUCCAUUUUUUAAGCAUUAGAGUUUUUAGUUUAAUGUUGAACAGACAUUGUUGUGUUUUUUUUUUUUUUUUAAACCUUUUAAUUUUUAUAUUUUCCUUAGUCCAUCUGGGUAUGAGGUAUGAGAUGCAGUUGCACAGUGCUUUUUGAUCAGUGUGCUAUCCUGUUGCCUCUAUCCCUGCGUUGAAGUACAUCUGCAUGGUCCCUGAAAGAGAGUUCUGUAUGCAACCUCCAUUUCUCCGAGUUGAAACACUGGUGUUAAUGUCUCUUAAGAACGUAAGCAUAUCUUAUAGGGAAAUGUGCUAUAGAUCAAGCUUUUACAGCAGAAGGUUUAACACCUUACCGUGGAAAGUCUUGUCCAGGAAGUGGCUGUCCUGUGAGAUGGGAGGAAUUCUUAGUGACGGGCAAUGAAAGCUGGAUGCUUUACGCAGCUUUGGUGUGGGGAACAAAAGAACACAGAAGUGGACACCAGCAGCACAUACCCCAGGGUGGAAAAGCAGAAGUUGCCCAUUGAAGUGUGAUGAAUGGAGAGGAUUCAGUUAGAAAGAGACAAGGUGCUGCUGAAGAGAGAUGCUGUUAUUGCCUUUUAUUUAUCUGUUAGCACUUAAAAAUUCUUGUUCAAAGGUUGGGCCAGGAAAACUGCCUGUUGCAUAAAGAGGGGAAAUUCUUAUACUGUAAUGGAAACUGUUAAAGGAGGAUAGAGGAGGUGUGACCGUAUGCAUCCUAAUUUUUUUUUUUUUCUCCUCCCAAGCUGUGGAAACUAGUCUUUAUGUUCACUCAUUGAAUGUUUUCUGCCUGGCUAUGUAAGUACUGACGAAGUGUUCCAAUGUAUGUGCUUGAAGAAAUAUAUUUAAAAGGUAUAUACUAAAAUGUGUAUGGAGAAAGUGUUAGAUCUGUGAAGUAUGCUGUCAAUUCCUCUGGUUUAUGCAUAGUGCAACCAGUAGGAUUAAGGAUUAUAAGGGCCAGUGGAGAGAGCACGGGUCACCUUCUUAAUGUUAGCAUUGUAGAGGAACUAGUAAAGGAGUAUCACUGUGAAGUGCAAGCUCCUCUAGUAUUGUGAAGCAUGGGUGACCAGAUGCUCCACCUUCAAAGACACCAUCCACCUUCUUGGUACAGCUACUCAAAAUGAGCUGCAUGCCAUCUUUGCCUGGGUCACAAUGGUCAUAACCUGCCGGAUGCGAUACUUGCCAUGAACAAAAUGUUUUCAGACUUUUUUGGAGAACAUUAUUGACAGUGCUUAGCCAAAGAAACAAUUGUUGCUGAAGUAUGACAUGAGCAGAGCAUUUUCGAGUGAUGCUUCUGCAGUUGCACAACAUUUUCAGCUCACCACAUUCAAUAUAGAUUUGCCACUGUGUCCAAGAUACAUGGCAAUUUGUGUGCUCUAGUGUCUCCUCUAUGCUCACUCAAUGGAAGGGAGAGGGGUCAGCACUAAAGAUGCAUCAUAUUGUUUAAAGUUAUGACUGCAGAAAGCUACAGUUUGACACAAUCCAAGACUGUACUACUAGUAUGAGGCAGAGAUGGCAAGGAGUCAUAUGUUCCUAAGUUGGCAGCUGUGGUCAAUGCUGUAGUGUAAAUCAGAAGAGCCAUGAGCCCUGGAAAGUUUCUCAGCGACCCCUGACAAUGAACUAAUAAUUUAUUAAACCUUUAAGAAUUUAAUUUUAAACCUGAUUACUCGUGUGUUGAUGUUUUUUCACCGUCUAUCAUUUUUUC